CCCCCCCAAAAAGAAUCCUAUAAUAUGGCCACUUCUGGCAGAGCCGGUGGCUCCCAGGGCUCCUCGACCGGAGCCCCCGGUCUCCCUGUGUCUAUGCAAGAUACCCGAUCGCACUACGAUCCCGCCACGACCGGGUACAAUCCUGCCACGGGCGCCUCAUACUCGAAGCCAUCGGCUGGCAAUUCACAAGAAGAGACCUACAAUCCGAACGCGCCGUCAAACAGCUACGAUCGCAUGGCAGGACAAGACGAUCGAAUCCAGAAUGCGCCGAGUACGGUGCAGCGGGCUGGGCUGGAAGAGGCCGCCGCGACGUCCAAAACGGAUAAAGCGUCGGAGUCACGGGCGACGAGCGCGAGUGAGAAUUUGGGGCGGAAGGUGAAAGGGGUUGGGGCGAGUGUUCAUGGAGCCGGAGAGUCACUUCGAGGAGCUUUGAAUGCCACCGUUGAUCGGGCAUUUGGAUCAGAUAAGAGUGCCGAGCGUAACGAGGAGAUUGCACGUCGGGGCGAGGGGGAGAUUCGGACUGGCGAGUUCUCGAAGAGCGAACCCCGGAUUCAGUGAUUGUAUGUUGUGCUAUGAUGUACGAUAGUAUGUAUUAUAUAUGAUUUGGUAUACGGAGUAGAGUAUAGCAUAGUGUACAUCUGUGGAUCUAGUUGGCCAUGAGCAUGAGCAUGGGUAUACAAUAGUGAUUUUUACAAUUUCUCUGUAUGAUGAC